CGAGGAAGAUCCGCCAUUUUCUUCAGUGCACAAUUUGUCUUGGCGUAUAAAGCGGAAAGGCACACAGUUAUAAUGAUGGAACCUCGACAAAACUGCAGUGUUGUUGGCUGCGCGGGUGGUCACACGUCCUUAUAUCGCCUCCCACACACCAGCGAUAUCCGAGCAAAGUGGCUUCAUUUCAUUUACGGCGGGAACGUCCCACAUUCCGUUGGAAGAUGUCUUCUGGUCUGCGCCAAACACUUCACAGCAGACUGCUUCAGCAACCUCAGCCGAUACAAAGCCGGGCUGGCAUUGAGACUGACUGUCAAAGAUGGCUCCAUACCAAGCCUUCGAGCGACGGAAGAGGGAAGUACAUGCAAAUCUGGACUGGUGCCUGCAAGACGCCACGUACCCUGCAGGACGGACCCGGCGACCUUCCACGCAGUUUCCGUGAGAACUGUCCAAUCUGACGCCAGAUGCACAGACCUCGGUGAAGAAUAUCCUCCCCCCGAGCGGCAGGAGUGGAGCUCCAGGGUGGAGCAGGACCCUCCACAGACCCCCCACAUUAAAGAUGAAGAUGAGGAGCCACAGCCCCCACGCAUCAAAAAGGAAGAGAAUGAUUACAGCAUCAGUCAAGAUGGAGAGCAUCUUGAAGGACUGGAGGCGUUCCCAGUGACUGGUGUCCCUGUGAAGAGUGACGAUGAUGAGGUCAAAGGUGAAAGUGAGGAGAGGGGAGGGGGGGAGCCUCCAAGCAGCAGCUCAACACAACACAUGACAACAGAAGCUGAUGGAGACCACUGUGGAGGAUCACAAGCAGACAAGCUCGUAGUUCCACUAUCAGAUAGUGAGGACACAACCUCACACUCUCCUGACAUUGAUGAUGAAGAUUUUAAAGAUGAUAAGACAUCUCACAGUGACGACACUCACUUUAAAUGUUCCUUCUGUGACAAAUCAUUUUGCAAGAAGGGGAACCUCAAAAGACACAUGAGAAGUCACGCAGGCAUCAAAGACUUUAAAUGCUCUAAAUGUGGAAAUAUGUUUGGGGAAAACUCAAGUUUGAAAAUACACAUGAGAAAGCACACAGGAGAAAGACCAUUCAUGUGCUUAGUUUGCGGCAAAAGAUUCUCCCAGAAGGUACAUUUGACAGCACAUGGGAGAACACAUACCAUAGAGAAACCUUUCGCCUGCUCAGUUUGUGCUGUUUGCGGCAAAGGAUUCUUUCAGAAGGCCCAUUUGGAAGAACACACCAGAAUACACACAGGAGAGAAACCCUUUGCUUGCUCAGUUUGUCGCCAAAGCUUCUCUUUAAAGUCAUCUUUGAAAAUACAUGCAAGGACACACACUGGAGAGAAACCUUUUGCUUGCUCUGUGUGCGGCAAAAACUUUGCCCAUCGGUCAAGUUGGAUGAGACACUCUGGUAUUCACACCGGAGAAAAACCGUACGCCUGCGUGGUCUGUAAGAGAAGUUUCUCGCAGAAUGAAUAUUUGGUUGCGCACAGGAGAACGCACACUGGAGAGAAACCGUUUCCCUGUUUGGUCUGCCACACUUAUUUUGGCGAUCGCUCAGCAUUGAGGAAACACAAAAAAAAACAUGCUGGUCAAAGUGUUUAGUGUGAUGAUGUUGAUUUUAAUGAUCCCUCAGGGUAUGUUCAACGUUUGCUGUGUUGUGUAACGACUGUUACACGCAUUACACCAGGCAGCGGUAUGGUAACAGUAGUCUGCUGUGAUAUGAUCUGCUAUGAGCGAUCUCUUAAAACAUGUAAAUCAGGGGUGUCCAAACUUUUUCCACCGAGGACCACACACAGAAAACUUAAACCAUGUGGGGGCCAAUUUUAUAUUUUUAAUUCUCAAACCAUAACAAAAUAUAUGGAUUUUUUUUUAAUUUUUUACUUUUAGGGCUUCUGGGGACCAUAAAGGGUCUCAGUCAUUAAAAGGUAAAAACAAGUCAAAUUAUUAUUUUCUUUAUUUAACGUUUACACUAAAUAUUGAUACAAACGGGUUGAUAAAAAGUAUAAAUAAAAUGCCUUUUUUUGUCAAAGACAGCUUUGUUUUUUAUAGUAUAGCUGAAAUAUUCAGUAUUUCCCCCGCCGCCCAAAACAUUCAGAAAGCAAUGUUUGACAUGAAGUAAUUGGAGCCCUAAAAAGAUCAAUAAUGCAGGACACCAUUGGUUAUUUUUGAGUAAUAACAGCGAAAAGGUAAAUAAAAUCCCACUAAAUAUCUUUGGGAUCCAAAUGGUCCCCCACUCAUAAAUUGAUGCAUUUUUAUUAUUUAUUUAUUUAUUUUUUGCUUUCAACACUCAAGUUAUGAGAUCAACUGUCGAUUUUACAUUUCAACUAUUUGUUUUAUGCUAUUUUGUCAAAGAAAACAUUGUUUUUAUAUGGCAAACACACAAUAUAUGCAAUGUUUUCCACAUAAAAUAUUUUCAAGUGUAAUAUUUGAAGUAAAUGAAGGUUUGAAUAGGUCAAUAAUUCAUUAUAAUACAGAUUUUUUCAAACAUUUUUUUGUUUUAGCAAUGGCAAAAAUAAGACAAAAUAAAAAGACUGAACAAAAAAAAACUUUGUGUGGAAAUAAUAGUAACUUUUUUCUCGUUAGAUUUCACCUCAUUCCACUUUUUUUAUUUUUACAAUAAAAUUUCCGGAAUGUGUAGCGGGCCGGUAAACAAUUAGCUGCGGGCCGCAAAUGGCCCCCAGGCCUCACUUUGGACGCCCCUGAUGUAAAUGCAUACUUCCUCAUGACACAAAAUACCUGUUUAUUUUUCAUUGUGGCGCUUAGAGUUAACCUGGGGCCUCAUUUUUAUUUCAAGGUAAGAUUUUCAUUUCUAGACAGCGUAAUCAUGAGAUAUUUAAGAUAUUUAUGUUAUGUUGUGUGUAUAUAUAUAUAUAUAUAUAUAUAUAUACAUAUAUAUAUAUAUAU